CAGGACCAGGAUCCUGACCAAUCAGGGUCUGGGAUCGGCCGGGAGACCGGGAAGGGGAAAGGGGCGAAAUGGUUCUGUGGUCACAUGCCGCGGGGUCUAGUGGGAGGAGCAGUUGCCCAGAAGACGCCUGGUGCUUCCUGUUUCCGGUUCCCGGAGUGGAGCACAGCGAGGCGGCUUGGGGAACUCUGGCCUUUGACACGAGUUCUGGGUCCGGGGUCUGUGGCUGGCCCCUCGCUGGCCCUGUCUUCCAGCCCCAGACAGGUAUUCAGCCAGGGAUUCUGCGCCUUGGCUACUCCCUGUGCCCGUGACACCACCCACACCCUCUCUCCCAAAAGGAUGUUCCUCUUCUACAGCUGCUGGCGGACUGGACUGCUCCUGCCACUGCUCCUAAUUGUGGCAGUAAGAGAAUCCUGGCAGACAGAAGAAAAAACCUGCGACCUGGUAGGAGAAAAAGGGCGAGAGUCCGAGAAAGAGUUGGCUCUUCUGAAGAGACUGCAACCACUGUAUAACAAAAGCUUUGAGAGCACUGUGGGCCAGGGUCCGGACACAUACAUCUAUAUGUUCAGGGUCUGCCGGGAAGCUGGCAACCGCACCUCUGGGGCAGGCCUGGUGCAGAUCAACAAAAGUAAUGGGAAGGAAAGAGUGGUAGGGAGACUCAACGAGACUCACGUCUUCAAUGGAAGUAAUUGGAUCAUGCUGACCUAUAAAGGGGGUGACGAAUAUGACAGUCACUGUGGCAUGGAGCAGCGUCGUGCAGUGGUGAUGAUCUCCUGCAAUCGACACACACUUGCGGACAAUUUUAACCUUGUGUUCGAGGAGCGAGGCAAAGUUCAAGAUUGUUUCUACCUCUUUGAGAUGGAUAGCAGCCUGGCCUGUUCCCCAGAGAUCUCUCACCUCAGUGUGGGUUCUAUCUUAUUAGUCACGUUUGCAUCACUGGUUGCGGUCUAUAUCAUCGGGGGGUUCCUAUACCAGCGACUGGUGGUGGGAGCCAAGGGAAUGGAGCAGUUUCCCCACUUAGCCUUCUGGCAAGAUCUUGGCAACCUGGUAGCAGAUGGUUGUGACUUUGUGUGCCGUUCUAAACCCCGCAAUGUGCCUGCUGCGUAUCGUGGUGUGGGGGAUGAUCAGCUGGGCGAGGAGUCAGAAGAAAGGGAUGAUCAUUUAUUACCAAUGUGAUUGCACUUUAAAUGCCCAGCUGCU